UAAGAAUCAACUAAGAGUUAACAAACCAAAUUCAGAAGAGAUAGUCAGGAGUUGAGAUUGUGAGAGACCGAGAGAGUGACUCACUCAGCCACGCCGCCGCAGCUAGUCGGCCGGAAUCUACACAAAACACUCGUUUUUAUAAUGGGGUAUGCACAGCUUGUUAUUGGCCCUGCUGGCAGUGGCAAGUCAACUUAUUGUUCUAGUUUGUACCGACAUUGUGAAACCAUGCAACGGUCGAUACAUAUUGUGAACUUGGAUCCUGCUGCUGAGAAUUUCGACUAUCCUGUUGCAAUGGAUAUAAGGGAACUUAUUAACUUGGAUGAUGUCAUGGAGGAACUUGGGUUGGGUCCCAAUGGGGGCCUUAUGUACUGCAUGGAACACCUCGAAGAUAAUCUUGAUGAUUGGUUGACAGAAGGAUUGGACAACUAUUUGGAUGAUGACUACUUGGUUUUUGACUGCCCAGGCCAGAUAGAACUCUUUUCACAUGUGCCAGUGCUGCGGAAUUUUGUGGAACAUUUGAAGCGUAAAAAUUUUAAUGUUUGUGGUGUAUACUUGCUUGAUUCACAGUUCAUGACAGAUGUUACCAAGUUCAUUAGUGGUUGCAUGGCAUCACUUUCUGCAAUGAUCCAACUUGAAUUGCCCCAUGUUAAUAUCCUCUCCAAAAUGGACCUUGUGACUAACAAAAGGGAUGUUGAAGAUUUUCUGGAUCCAGAGCCUCAGUUUUUGUUAUCAGAGUUGAAUCAACGCAUGGCUCCUCAAUUUGCUAAACUGAAUAAAUCUUUGAUUGAACUAGUGGAUGGGUUUAGCAUGGUGAGUUUUGUGCCCCUUGACCUGAGGAAGGAGAGCAGUAUACAAUAUGUGCUGGCUCAAAUUGACAACUGCAUUCAGUACGGAGAAGACGGUGAUGUGAAGAUUAAGGAUUUUGAUCCUGAGGAUGAUGACUAGAUUUAUCUUAUCUGUUGACCGCGAGAAAAUAUAUUACUGUUUCUGUGUCAAUAUGUAGGAUCAAAUUAUAAACUUCUUUUUGAGAAAAUUCAAUCCGAUCUUGCAGAAUGGAAAUCAAAUUUGAUGUC